AAUUAACAAUACGUUUCAGUAUUCUCACAAUAUUCAAAGAUUUCUGAAGUAUUCAUCGUAAAUAUAUAGUCGUUUUUCUAAAAAAAGAAGUAUAAGUAAUUUAUCAUUUACCACAAGAACAUCAUAACUUAAAGACAAGAUUAAGCAUGUUCUACAAACGAAUAAAAGACUACAUACUUCUAUGUAUGCUUCUUACCUUCUUAACUAUUUCAAUAUCUAAAGCGAAAUACUCUAAAUGUAAUAUUGCAGCUUGCGAACGAUGCGUGUUAAGUGAAAAAAUUUCUAUGAAUGAAUGUUGUUCCAAUCCUUCAAUUCAUGAUGUCUGUAAUUUUUGUGAUCAAAACUCUGAAACAGAAAUCGAUAUAUCUGAUUGUCUUUCGACCUAUUUUCGAACUAUGUUAAAAAGACGAGGAAUGAUUGGCAAACGUCGGGGUUUUAUGGGUUAAUUUCAAUGAAGUCAUAUAAAGAAUAGAAAGAAGUACUUUUAAAGAGAGAAAAAGUUCUAUAUUAUUAAACAGUAUAUAUACAUAAUACACAUAAUUCAUUUUAUCAUCUUUUAUCAAUUAAAAAUUAGUUACAAAAUGAAACGUUUCAAAUGUAAAAAAG